AACGCAUAAAUAUAGAAAAACAAGAAGGUUCAAAAAAUGGAACUUUAUCAAAAACGUUGAUAAGCCAAACAAAUGAAAUGAUAAUACAUGAAUCUAAACAAUCAUCAAACUUGAGUGUGAAUUUACAUGAUAUACGAUUACAAAAAGAAGAUAUUCAGGUCACAAAUAAAUCGAAUGAUUCUAGUAUUACUGGAAAUGAAGUUAAGCUAGUUAAGGAAAUAUUAAAAAAUGUUUUAAAUGGAAAUACUGAACUUGGUGGAUAUACUAGUUUUGGCGAUGUAAGCAUUGAAAGUUCAAGCCAAGUUCAUGUGGGUAACAUAACAUACAUUAAUGGUCCUGUAAAUAUUAAUUAUAAUGUAAAUAAAGUCGAGUAUAGCACUGAUAUCAAACAAGAAAUACAUGUAUCUAUGCCUCUCGAAACACCUCCCACAAUUCCAAUGAUUUAUCGAGAUAUGUGGUUAGCUGAGCCUCCAUAUGAAGAAUUAUUUAGAACAAAUCCAGCCGCAAAUCUAGUAAUUAUUUGUCAUACUGCAACAUCAUCUUCUACUACUCAAUCAGGAAAUAUAAGUGCUGUUCGAUUAAUUCAAACAUUUCAUAUUGAAAGUAACGGAUGGAGUGAUAUCGGAUAUAAUUUUCUAAUUGGCUGUGAUGGACAAGUGUAUGAAGGUCGUGGCUGGCGGAAAGUUGGAGCGCAUAGUAAAGGAUUUAACCAAAACUCAUUGGGUAUUACAUUCAUUGGAACGUUUAACACCACCUUACCAUCUCAAAAAGCUUUAGAUGUCUGUCAUCGAUUGAUUGCAUUUGGUGUCCAACAAGGAAUGAUUGAUACUGACUAUCAAUUGAUUGGACAUUGUCAGUGUCGUCCAUUCCUUAGCCCUGGAAAUGCAUUGUAUGAAACUAUAAAAACAUGGCCACAUUGGAAAGCUGAUUUUACAGAUAAUCAAUUAAUUGAAAAUCCUGAUAAUUUCUUGUCAAAUUUUGAGACACAUUUCGUUGAUUUGAGAAAAAUGAUGGAGGAAUUUAUAAAAACUAGUGAGACAAAGCCCGUAGGAAUAAGGAACGAUGAAAACAAUAAUCGUGAUGACAGCGUAUUAACGCAGUUAGAACAAUUUAGCAAAGAAAGUGAUGAACAUAUAAAUAACGAGAAACAAGAGCGUUUGGGAAAUGCAGUUUUAUCAAAAAUGUUGAUAAACCAAGCAAAUGAAAUGACUAUACAUGAAACUAAACAAGCAUCUCAAAUAAGCGUAAAUUUAAAUGAUAUUCUAUUACAAAAAAAAGACAUUCAAAUAACAAAUAAGUCGAAUGAUUCUAGUAUUAAUGGAAAUGAAGUUGAAUUAGUUAAGGAAAUAUUCAAAAAUGUUUUAAAUGAAAAUACUGAGCUUUGUGGAUAUACUAGUUUUGGCGAUGUAAGCAUUGAAAGUUCAAGCCAAGUUCAUGUGGGAAACAUCACAUACAUUAAUGGUCCUGUAAAUAUUAAUUAUAAUGUGAAUAAAGUCGAGUAUAGCACUGAUAUCAAACAAGAAAUACAUAUAUCUACGCCUCUGGAAACGCCACAUACAAUUCCAAUGGUGUAUCGGGAUAUGUGGUUAGCUAAGUCACCGUACGAAGAACCUUUGAGAACAGAUAAAGCUGCAAAAUUGAUAAUUAUCUGUCACACACAAACAUCACCUUGUACUAACAGAGCAGGCAAUGAAAGUUGUGUUCGUCUAAUACAAUCAUAUCACAUGGAAAGUAACGGAUGGAAUGAUAUCGGAUAUAAUUUUCUUAUCGGUUGUGAUGGACGAGUAUAUGAAGGCUGUGGUUGGCGAAGAGUUGGUAGACAUAGUAAAGGAUUUAACGAAAACUCACUGGGUAUCGCAUUCAUUGGUACAUUUAACGACACGUUACCAUCUCAAAAAGCUAUAGAUGUUUGUCAUGGAUUGAUUGCUUAUGGCGUAGAAAAAGGAAUGAUUGAUACUAAUUAUGAAUUAAUUGGACAUUGUCAGUGUCGUUCAUUUUCUAGUCCGGGCAAAACCUUAUUUAAAGCCAUUCAAACAUGGCCACAUUGGGCACCUAAUUUUACAGAAAAUAUGCAUAUUAUGAACAUAAGCGAUCAAUAUAACGAAAAUUCUGUUUCUGAUGAUCGGUGAGAUAUAGAUAUUUAA